AUAAUUCAUUUUUUUAAUGAAGACGUUUUAAAUAAGAAAGAACAUUUUACAUAGGCUUUUCACUUACAGGGCUGAUCAAAUUUAGCUCUUAUAUACUAAAAAAAAAAAAAAAAAAGAACUUAAUUUUGUAUCGGUCUUCCACUUUUAGUUCUUAUAUACCCAAAAAAAAAAAAAAGAAGAAAAUAAUAUCGAUAAAAGAUGUAUUGAAAAAAUUCGUUCGAAAGAUGGAAGAAAAUGCUUUAUUAACCAAUAUUACCACAAUUAUUACUAAGGACAUACUCAUUGACGAAGCGAAUAGUCAACGAAAGGGAAUUUGGCAUGGUAAUCCCAUUAAAAACGGAUAUAGUACUGCACUGAAAUAUCCGCUUUUGGAAUCAAACGAUGAUGAAGAUUUGGAAUUUUUUCUUAAACAACAAUUCUCCUUCGAAUGUGCUUCUAAAAUACAGCCAACUAUAGUUUCUGUGACGAAUGCAAAUAGUAAAUUUAAAAAAUGUGGAGGAAUUGAGGAAAAUCCACGUAAAAGAAAGUUCGUGCCCAAGUCUUUUAAUGCAAAUGUUAGAAUAAAAGAUCUGGAUUUGCUUAAUGAAUUUGAUAAUAUGAAGUUCGAGUGUUUUUUGCAUAUGAAUAAAAUGAGUUUUUUGAAAAUAUUUCAGUUUGUUCGUAAUCUAUUAACUCCUGCUUCAUUGCCCUUCGGUGUGCCACCGCAAACUAUAUUUUCUCUAGCGCUAUGGAAACUUACUACCGAUGAACAUUUCGAAGAAAUGUCGCGCCGCUUCCAAGUAUCUCUACAGGAAUGUGAAUCGUUGGUCAAACAGUUUUGGCACAUAAUGUCUGAAAACUAUGAAACGUAUAUACGAUGGCCCAAUUCACAACUAUCUCAGAAAUUAGAAGUUCAAGGAUUUCAACAACAUAAUCGGUUAAAAAUAUUUCCUCAACUUUUUGGUGUUGUGGCUAUGAAACGUUUGGAUAUAUUUUUAGCUUCCGAAGAUUCAGAAAUUCCGGUUAUAUUACAAUUGGUAUGUAACGCUGAUCAAAAGGUAAUUGAUUGCUUUGUAGAACUAGAACAAGAUUAUACAUUCGAGGACACUCCCAUGGGACAAAUAUUAACAAUGAAUGAGAAUAGCAUGCCCAAAGAAAGCUAUUUAAUUGGAAAUCAAUGUUUUCCAUUAAAAUCAUACUUAAUACGGCCUUUUUCAGCCCCGUGUUCUCAAAGAGAGCAAAAGUUUAAUCGCCUACUGGAUUUAGCUUUGGAAUUAGCUCAAGACAGUCUUGACAUUAUGGCAAAACGUUUUAACGCUUUGUACGCUUUAGAAGCCAGAGAUUUACAAGAAGUUAGAAAAAUCUUAGAAACAAUAUGCUCUUUACACAAUUUAAGUAUAGCUAUCGAAGAUGAUUAUGUAGAUCGAAAGCGUCAAGUUGUUACUUUCAAUUGGGCUAACGAUACCAAGAAACUUUUAAAUAUACAAGGCAGCGAACAGAAUCCUCAGGGCAUCCAAAGACGUAAUGAAUUGCUUCAGCAAACUAUUAAUGAUUCACUGCAUCAUGACUCCUAAGGACUUGUGCAAACCAUUAAAAGUGCUGAAUUAUUAGGACCAAUAACCGUAUCUAGUAGGCUCUAUCAAGAUAUUGAUAUUGAGUCUUUCACAAAAGAUAAGAUCAUUGGGAUUAAUACAAAAACAUCAAUCAUAGCAAGGAGGAAUUUUUCAAUAAACGCGGGUCAUUGGAACUAGUGAGGCAGAGAGAAAAUUAUUUGAUCAAAUUUGCGGCAUCCAAAGUUUGAAAAAAACCUACUCACACAAAAUAAAGACGUAAGCAUAUUAUUUUAAGAUAUUAACAUAAGUUAUAGAACUAAGAGUUGUUUGCCGACUUUGCCUGCAUAUAAAAUUUUAAUUUCUUAUGCGCUACAUUAGUUUGGAUACCGAGUAUAUUAAGUUUGUGAGGACGCCGAUAACAUGCAGAAGGGCUUAGAAUAGACCCACGUUUUAUUCUAACAAACAAACUUGUCUGUCCAUGUAUUUUUAUUAUCAACGAUCAGGGCACAAUUUUUAAGAUAUUUUGAUGAAAUUUGCGACACUGAUAUGCUUUGACCCAACGAUGAGCACUAUUGAAAAUGGUUCGGAUAUGUCCAUAUUUUUGAUCACUUCCCAUAUAACAUUUUAUUUUGAAAAA